UAGUCGUGGGGCGUUUGUAUCGUUGGGUCGCGUCAGUCGAACGUCCGGAGUCAGUGUGGCCACACGCUUGUUUACCGUGGACACGUCCUGUCACGCGGUCGCCACGUGGACACCGCACGUGACACACAUACCACCAAUUAAAAAAAAACCGAACGCGAAUCCGAACUCGAUGUUCGGAAACUUUUUUAUCAACUGUCAAUUUUUGGCGGGAAUUUCGUUGAAUGUCAAAGUGAAUACUGUGAAGUAACUUUAGUUAUGAGAACUAUAGUGUUGGUUUUUGGAUUUGUUGGUAGUUUUUGAGUAGGGGAGAACAUGUGUGGUAUUUGGUACCUCGUCCUCGGCUUCCUGGCUUUGCCGGGCCCUUCCUGCAGCAACUCAGAUAAUUUAGCUCUACUCCUAGAUACGCUUAAGGUCAUACACCGAUCAGUCUGCAAUGAUGAGAUGGUCUCCCUGGCCUGUCCUCGAGGCACCACCAUCAGCAUACAAGUAGCCCAGUAUGGGAAGGUAGGGGAGGAGAAAGGAUGCCCAGCUUUGAGCAGCGAAGUGACGGAAGAGGUCAGGAAUUGCAAAAGGCCAAAUGCUAUGCAGUACUCAUUACUGCAAACCGUGGUGGAAGCUUGCCAAAAGAAACCUCAGUGCAAGUUCAGUACUCUGCCAAUGGCAGGUCUCGUGGACCCAUGCCCGACGCAGAAUAAAUACGUCGAAGUCGCCUAUAAGUGCCGCCCCUAUGAGUUCCGAAUAAGGAAUGCCUGCGAAGGUGACGUGAUCAAGCUGAGCUGCAAUCCUCACUCCAGGAUUGCUAUCUUCGAUGCUCUAUAUGGCAGGACGGCUUUCGAAGCCGUCACGUGUCCUCAGACACAAGGAGUGCCAGAUGAAUUUUUGUCUCCAGCAUGCGUGACUCCUCAUGCAGUGAAGACAGUCAUACAGCUGUGUUUAGGAAGGCGCCGAUGCCAGAUCACUGCCAACAGCAAAACUUUCAAUUCUUCAUGCAACCAACUUUCAAGGCCAUAUCUGAAAGUCGUUUAUGCUUGUGUGCCAUUAGGUGUCCUCUCAGAGAAAUAUGAGAGUGCAGCUGAAAGGGAUGAGGGUUCAACUACCUUCGAUCACAGCAAAGCCCUUUUUGAUGAAUCAGAAGAAGCAGGUGAGAAGUGGGGAGAGCCUAGUGCUGAUCGUGCCCUGCAACCAUCUCUCGAUGAAGACGUACCACCAACUAGACCAGAGGCUGAAACAACUACUCUUCAGCAGCCAAAAAGGAAUGUUGACAGAAAUGAAGAACCACAACACAGUAACUCGAUAUUACUAUUAUCUGUUAGCAUAGGACUGCUAAUAUUCAUUGUUAUUAUUGGAGUAACAAUUGCUAUUAAAUGCUAUAUUAAACGUAAAGCCGAUCAUUCCAAGAAUGGGGAUAUGUAUACAACGGAAGCUCCAAAUGUAUUUAAUGACGCGUUUUCUGAUAUUGAUAAUGAUGCGGACAUCAGCCACAUAUCUGGAACGUUCCAUGAUCCGAUGCACCCAGACAUGAUACUGUAUAAGAAUAUUCCUGGGAGUAGAGGAACUAUACGGGCUAUGAAACCGUUAUGUACAAUAUACCCAUCUGCUCCAGAAGCAAAUAUGUAUGGCAACGUAGACUACGUGCCUUCACACACGAGGGAUAUGGCACCCAGGUUUACGAGAAGUAGAAGUAACGAAGAAGAAGGAGAACAAAAUAUUAUGACGAGCCCUAGGAGUUUAGGAGCUCACUCUAGUAACUAUUACUACGGCUGACACCACGACGACGGAGGCAUAAACGAUGCCUCUAGGACAUAUUGCUUUUAAUAAGUGUGGUCAUGGACAAGUGUGCAAUGAAAUAGAUAGCUUAUAAAGCAAAGGAUUGUGUAAAAAUAAAGGUUUGAAUACGGGACUGUUGAAAACUAGGUUUGAUUGUACAUUUUGAUUGUUACAUUAUGUUAGUUUAAGAUACUUGAUUGUUCAGUAAGUUCUCUAUUCAUUACUCAAUCUGUCACGCUCAUUAGAGUCGCACCUAUGUAUCUACUUUUGCAUAUCGUCAACUCAGCACUUUUGUAUUCCAAACUUACUACAAUCCCAUCUGUGAUGGUCCAUUAUAAAGUCUUCUAUAAUUCUAAA